UUACAAGUGAAAUUUGGGAUGAUAUAGUUGAAAAUAUGUCCUUAGCUUAAAUGAUUCAGAUUACUUUGUACUGAAUAGAUUGUUUUGAACAAUAUGAUGAUUUAUCCAAUGAAGGAAAUCGUUUCGAUUAAUUGGUUGCUAUAACAGUUAAAAUGUUAUCGGUGAUACUGAUCUAUACAACUUAUCCAUUGCAUGUUUUAACUCAACAUAACCUUACACCAUAUGGAAAAGCUACACAGAGUUCUAAUUAUGAAGGAAGUUUACCUAUAAAUGCUAUAAAGCCACCUAUAUCAAAUACAUUUAGUAGGACUCUGUGUUCCCAUACAGGCAUCAGUAGUAAACCAGCUUGGUGGAUGUUUCAUUUUUCUUUCGGAUCUGCUUACAUCACAGAUAUACAAAUAUACUACAGAGAAGGCUAUGCUUCUCGUAUGGAUGGCUUUAAAUUAUAUGUAACCAACACAUUAACUAUACCACCGGACGGUUAUCUCUGUUAUGAAGAUGGUCCUGGUCUUCCAAGCACUACCCAGACUAUACCAUGUAAUCAACUCGGACAGUAUGUCAUUUAUUACGAUGAUAGAGGCGAUUACCAAUUUGGACCAAUAAUUGAAUUAUGCUAUGUUGCCAUCAAUGGCUGCCCUAAAGCUACUUGGGGGAAAGACUGUUCUCAAACAUGUCCUUCGAAAUGUAUAGACAAACACUGCCAUCCUGAAAAUGGUUCCUGUUUUAUGGAAUCUUGAACUGGUACUACGAUACACCUUUAAAAUACAUCCCUAGUGACAGAAAUCCAGAUAGCUAUAUAUAGCUAGUAAACAGAUGAAACUAGGAUAGAGGAAAUGAGUUCCAUUUUGAUUGCAGCCAUUAUUUAAACAGCUCACCUUACCUUUUGAAGCAUUAUCUUUUGUGUUUAUGGUAUAAUUUGCAACAACAUAAGAGGAUAUCAUGCAAAGUGAAAGCUGGCAACCCAUGGAUAGUCCUGUAUCAAAUACCUCAACAUCAGUGAAUUUUGACCUCAAUGAGAGCACAACGGAAUAGAGUUCAUUUAUGUAAAAUACAAGUUCGAUAAUCAACAAAAACAUGUUAGUAAUGUCAUAUUACAGAAUUCAAUCCUGUA